UCCUUCAAGUUAGCACCGACCCAAACAAGCAGGAAACAGGAAAUGUUCACGUUUCAGGGAGGCUGCAGCCCGGCGCAGCAUCCUGAGCUCGCCGCCGAGGCGAAUGGACAUGCAGGCUCCCCGCGCAGCCCUGGUCUUCGCCCUGGUGAUCGCGCUCGUUCCCGUCGGCCGGGGUGAUCAUGAGGAAUUAGAACUCUCAGGAGAUACAGCUGAGGCAUCAGAAAUAUCAAAUGAAGAGACUGUUCUACAUGCUGCAGUGACCACCACAGAAACAUUAACAGCAAAUAUAAAUUCUACCGACAUUUCCCCAGACGAAAAUCAGUUAGAGUUUACACUAAUGGUGUUGAUCCCAUUGAUUUUAUUGGUCUUCUUACUUUUAUCCGUGGUAUUCUUUGCAACAUGCUAUAAAAGAAAAAGAACUAAACAAGAACCUUCUAGCCAAGGAUCUCAGAGUGCUUUACAGACAUAUGAACUGGGAAGUGAAAACCUGAAAGUGCCUAUUUUUGAGGAAGAUACACCCUCUGUUAUGGAAAUUGAAAUGGAAGAGCUUGAUAAAUGGAUGAACAGCAUGAAUAGAAAUGCUGACUAUGAAUGUUUACCUACCUUGAAGGAAGAAAAGGAAUCAAAUCACAACCCAAGUGACAAUGAAUCCUAAACCUGAAUGGCUCUCAUGUUUCCCAAGAGAAGCAGCCCCUGAAUGAGUCUGCUGAGCCUGCCAGAGGAUGAAGAGGAUACGAAUUUAAUUAAUUUCAAAUCAACAUAGAUACAAGAACCUUUUGCUGUUUCUUCCAACGCCCACUCUUCCUAAUGAUGGCAUCACUUGCACUUGGAAGAAUGUGCAAUUGAGAACUACUAGGAGAAGGCCUGGCUGCCAUCCAUCGCUGCCUCCGAGGGUGGAGAAGGAGGCGGGUGAUGUGCUCACUUCUGAUCAAUGGGUGUUGCCUCCUCUCAGCCUAUUGAUUCUAGCUCACUGUUCUCACUCUGGUCAUGCUAAGUCUUAUUCUAACUCACUGCUCUCACUCUGGUCAUGCUAAGUCUUCUUCUAGGUCACUGCUCGCACUCUGGUCAUGCCAAGUCUUUGUCACCUUUCUGCUGCAUUCCUUAGGGCCUAAAGCAGGAACUUGUUUUAUCGAUGGUUUCCUUUUGGGUCACUAACCAGCUUUGGAUAAUUUCCUCUGAUUAGUCAAGUCCUCAGACAGGUAAACUACAUUCAGCAGGAACUUUUCUUAAGGAGUGUUAUGUCAUGGAAAAGUCACCAAACACAGCAAGUGUUUUAAUGGAUACACCAUUAAAUGGCAGUCAGUAAGCUCUGCCUUCGAAGAAGACACAGUGAGAGGGUCCACAGUCCUGAUGAGAUGGCGUUUGGUAACUUGUAGAUGCUGACAUGGCCAGGUCCGGUCACCUUUGGGAACGUCUCAGAGAAACUGGGAAUCUUCAGCGAAAGAACUAAUGUUCUCCUCAGCUGAAAUUCCCUUGCUUGUCAGCAUUUCUGCAAAGCUCACACUUGUUUCACCGUACCUCCCUUGUAUGUGCAGGUGGGGGUCAUCUGUCAGCCUCUAUGUUUCAGAGAUCCUUAAGGUGGUUUGAAACAAACAGAAGAGGAGCAGGAAAUAUCUGUGCCUGUGGUGGAUAUCACUCAUCAUGCUUAGCAUUCUCUCCUGCCAAGCUGGGACAAGCCUCAUGUCCUAACACAGCACUCCAGGACGUCUCUAUCAGUCCAUCAGAGAUGACGUUCUCUGUGAUAUUUUUAACAUCCUUGUGCUAAAAGCAAUGGCACAAAAUGGAAAAGGGUCCAUUGACCACACCUACUCGAAUGAAAUUGAUCUGCAUUUAUUCCUUAAUUGUCUAAAUCUGACUUUAAAGCAAUCUAGCAAAUUGAGAGUCUUCAGCUGUCCUUGGAUGCCUGAUAUUUUAUUCCAAGAAAGAGACAAAGAAGGAAAAAUUUAUUUAUUUUACUACCUACAUAUGAACUGAGGGGAGUUGGGGUUACCCAAACAUUUGCUGCUCAAUCUUGUGUCUUGUGCUUGAAAGUCUGCCCUAAUGCAUAACAAAAACUACUCCUUUUCUAUCUUUUAGGAUCCCUUUAACAAGUAUUUGCCUUCUGAACUACAUGGAUAAUUUCAAAGGCAGAGUUCCAGACCAGAGAGGUCUUUCCAUACAAUGAAAGCUAUAACUAGCUGGUUGUGUUUAACCACUGCUAUCACGCUAUCCUGGGACUACAUAGAGCUUUGACAAAAGACAGACUUCACGGUCCAUAACUUCAACAGAUUUGUCUGUCAUAGUCUCACCAGCACAUCUGAAUGAGGCUUUGUGUUUUCCUUGCUCUCUUGCAUGUUCAUUUUCAACUCACGGCCCACAGUGAGUCUCAGAUAUUUAUGCCAAAACUGCAUACAAUUUUUUUUCUGAAUCGUAACUUGUCUAUUUUUCUGCCUGUAUGUGCUGCUUUCGGUUGGUUCUCAUCAACAUUUUGACUCCCAGGAGAGCCACCAUUUCCUUCUUUUUCUCUUUAGGUAUCUAAGAUCUUUGAACACUUGGCCCUUUACAUUUGAUCCAACUCUAUCAAAUAAUGAACUUUUAGAAGUUCAGAGAAGUAUCUGGGGUCCUGGAAUCUCAGGUUGAUGAAGCCAUAUUUUAUAAUAUGAUAAAUAUAUUCUCAUUCAGUAUUUUAAAUAAUUUCAAAUUCUAGAAGAAGAAACUUUCAGCAACACGUCAUUGAGUUUUUAUCUGAUAAAGCUAUAAUUACGCAGUGUACAAAGCGCUUUUUAAAAACAUAGUUUAUUCUGUCAAGGUAUAUGAAGUUAGUAUAUGGCCAGAACAGUCAAGCCUCAAUUCUUGUACCUUGUGCCUUUUUAUUACUGUUCAAUCAAUAGACACCAUAUGUUUACGACAAUUUCAAGAAUUGUUUUUAAACCCAAACUUAAUUUUAUGUUUCAGACUAUUGUUAGUAUAAAAACAAAAGCUCACUAAUUUGCCCUAAUUGGAUAGCCAAUCAGAACAAAAUCUGACUUUAGAAUAUGUAAAAUAUAUGUAAGUUUGAUUGCAUUUUUGUACAUUUUAGGCAAAAUAGGUUAACAACAUUGCCUGGUCAAACUUCUCAGGAAACUCGUUUUAAUAAAUAUGUAAAAAUACCCA